UAAGUGAAAAAUGGCAGGUAGGGUUGCUCAUCCCACCCUGAAAGGACCAAGCGUGAUCAGGGAGAUGUGUUUUGGUCUUGUGAUUGCUUUUGCUGCUGGGAGCUUUUGGAAAAUGUAUCACUGGGAUUUGCAGAAGAAGACCAGGUCAUUUUAUGAAUUGCUGGAGAAAGAUGAAGUCAGUGUUGUUCCAGAUGAAUAGAUGCAGCCUACUUUUAGUUUUCUGUCAUACGAUUUCAUUAAAGAAUUCAACAGCUUGGUUCACUUGACUCUUCAACUUAAGAUGAGCUUAAUUAGUUUGGGAUUUGCAUUAAUAAUAAGUUUCUUGUACAGUUGUACUUGUCUGGAUUACUUGUACGGUAUUCGUCAAAUAAAAUUUUAUUUAUCUUCUUGAUUUUUGCUUCCAUUUACUUCUGUGGUUGCUCAA